AUGGGCUCACCCUCGCGUUCCCGUGGGCGGGAGUGUGGGCUCGCGUUCCCCGUGGACGGGAGUGCCAAAACAGGAAACACAUUCCUCCCAGAGUGCUUUGUGCCGUCCCAGCCGCCCUCCGGACUUCAGCAAGGAGGAAACAACCUGCUUGUCCCUGUCCGCGUGGAUCCGUCACCUGGGCUCCGCCACUCACUCUCCGUCCUCAGGAAAGUGGGGGCCGGAGGUGAGGGGCAGGCGAGUCCCACGGACUUCGGGACGAACGGAGAUGCUCUCCGUGAGCUCCCGGCAGGCAAUAAACGCACCUUUUCCAGACGCAGAUUCUCCAACUCCGGUCUUACGGUGGAGAGAACGGGGGCUGGGAGCCCGCGGGCCGGGGGCGUGAGCGCGAGCCGCACGCGGGGGCUGCAGGGGCGGGUGCGGGGCGCCACCCCCGCCGGGCCCGCGCCCUCAGGGCGGCGGCCGAGGGUCGGGAAAGGGCUUCCCCGAGGGCGCGGGCGCACCGCACGAGGGGCCCCGCAGCCGGGAGGAGGCGCGGGAAAGCGGGCGGCGCCGGCACAGGAGCCCCGGCCGGCCCGAGGGCAGCGGCCUCACCCUGGGGUUUCUGUCCCGGCGCCCUGGGGUCCCGGCCCCGCUGGUGGCGGGGGCGCCCGCGGGAGACGGUGGGAGGCUCGGCGGACCGUGGGGAGCGGCGGCCAGGCUUGGGCGAAGGCAGCCGGGCUGCGGCUGGCGCUGGAGUCGCGGCGCAGGUCCCGCCCUGGCCGCCUGCGUCUUUCUCUGGCGGCCGCGCUCCCGGCGCUGCGUCCUGGGCUCUGAGUGCGAAUCGGCCCCCAAGACGUCCUCGUCCUCCUUCCCCUCCGGUACGAACGCCCCCUCCCCCGGGAUGCCCUCCGCCUCCUCCCCCAGCCACGGGCUAAUUGGCUGUGACAGCUCCAGCCCCCGCUGAUUAGCUGAGCCUGGAGCCCACCCUGCCACCCGUGCUGGUGCAGGGGCCCCCGAGUGUGCGGGGUGUCCAGGCCCCCCUUAAUUCCCACCUCCCCACCCUCUCCCUCUUCCUGCUGACCGGGGCCUCUCGGGCCCUCACCCUCCCGAGGGGGCUCCCAGGCUCGGGGAGGAGCUGCCCGCCCUUCUGGGGAGGGUGGAUCCCGACCGUGCUUCUGUGGCCCCUUCCCCACCCUCACCCACUGGCCCUUCCGCCCCCAGGGUCCUUACUGGGGCCCUGCCUGCUGGGGGCUGUCACUGCCUGCUUAGCCUGGGCAGGUGCUUAACCAGUGGCCUCCACUGCGGGACUGCGCGCCCCUCCCCCACUAGGGCCGCCCCGCCCAGGUCCAGGGUCAGGGGCGCUGGGGAGGUGGGGCCCUGGGGGCUGGAGCUGGGAGCGCAGGGCACCCUGGGGCCUCCCUGGCCCCGGCCCGACUCGGCGGCCUUCGGAACUGCUGAGCAGGCAGCCAGGGCCAGGGCUGACGUGAGGCUGGGAGGCCAGGGCGGGGGCAGGGCAGGGGAGCGCUGUGGACCCCACGCGCCAGGG